GUGCUUACCUGAUUUGACUCUCACCUUUCUCACGAAUGUCGGAUUCAGAAUAUGAAGAUGAGGUUACUGACCUUUCCAACCCUGACGUCACUACUAAGUAUAUUACCGCUGCUGGCAUCACCAACAAGGCAUUAGAGCUCGUCAUGAACGCUGUCAAGCCCGGUGCUGACGUGUAUGAGUUAUGCCGACUCGGUGAUGACUUUAUUGAGGAACAGACGGCUAAGUUGUAUAAUAAGAAGGUUAAGGGCUCUGUAGUCCCCAAGGGUAUUGCUUUCCCGACAUGCAUCAGCAUCAACGAAGUCGCCGGUCACUUCAGUCCACUUGAAGGGGAGUCGGUCACUAUCAAGGAAGGAGAUGUCGUCAAGGUCGAUCUUGCUGUCCAAAUUGAUGGUUUCAUCACAGCUGCUGCUAACACAGUCCUCGCGGGUGAUGCUAAAGUCUCUGGCAAGGCGGCUGAUGUCGUCAUGGCCGCCCAUACUGCUGCUGAGGCCGUCCUUAGGAAGGUCAAACUCGGGAACACCAAUACUGACAUCACCAACUUGAUGCAACAAGUCGCUGAUGAGUUCGGCGUUCAGCCCAUCCGAGGUGUCCUUAGUCAUCAGCUCGAGAAGCACAAUAUUGAGGGAGAAAAUGCCAUCGCAUCCAAGUUCACCGAGGAUCUCAAGGUUCCCGAGUUCGUGUUUGGCCUCAAUGAAGUGUAUUGCUUAGACGUCCUCAUGUCAAGUGGUGAGGGUAAGGCUCGUCCAUCUGCUGAGAAGCGCACUACUGUUUAUCGUCGUGCUCCCGGCAGGAAUUACACCCUUAAAUUGGCCCGCGGGAGGCAAUUCCUUACUGAAGUCGACAGACGAUUCCCCAGCGGGGCAUUUUCCCUCGCUGAUUUCAAGGACAUCACUGGUGCUAGAUACGGCGUUCAGGAAGCUCUCAAGCAUGAGCUUUUGCACGAAUAUCCGGUUCUGUGUGAAAAAGCCGGCGAGAUUGUAGCUCAGUUCAAGUUUACUGUAUUGAUCCUUCCGGGAGGAACUAAGAAGGUUGCUGGACUCCCCUUCACUUCAGCUGGUCAAUUCGAGAGCGACAAGAGUGUUAAGAAUGAGGAGUUGAAGUCACUUCUCGCUCAGAGUGCUAAUCCUAAGAAGAACAAGAAGAAGAACAAGAAGGCGGCCGCCAAGACAGAGAACAGUGCUUAA